UGUGACCGCUUGGCACCGCUGGCUCGCCCGGGGCGCGGAUGGGCGCCCAGCGAGAGAAGCAUGUGACGGAGCCGCGGCUGGGCGCCACCUUCUCGGGCCGGAUGGGAGAGCCGGCAGAGAGCAGAGCAACGCCCAGCCCGCCGCGCUCCGCAAGGUACUUAGCUUUCUAAAGAUGGGGAGGAAACUGGAUCUUUCCAAACUGACCGAUGAGGAGGCCAAACAUGUUUGGGAAGUGAUUCACCGGGACUUCGAUUUACGCAAGAAAGAGGAGGAACGUUUAGAGGAACUAAAAGGCAAGAUUGAAAAAGAAAGCACCAAGCGGGAACUGCUGUCCAGCCAAUCCCAUCUCAACGAAUCGCACUGCAUCCAUUGCCUGCAGCCCUUCCGGUUCCUGGUGAACAGCAAAUGCCGCUGCUUGGACUGUCACUUCUACACCUGCAAAAACUGCAGCCUCUACAAUAAAAAAGAGCAAGGCUGGGUGUGCGACCCGUGCCGCUUGGCCAGAAUUGUGAAGACCGGAUCUUUGGAUUGGUACUAUGAACACGUGAGAUCCCGGUUCAGACGAUUUGGAAGUGCUAAGGUGAUGCGAUCUCUCCACGGGAGGAUGGCGCGUGGACAGAAUUCGAAUCCUGCCUCGCUUGAUAGUGGCAGAGGGCUUGGUUUUCAGGACAGAGUGUACAGCUUACCAGACAUCCACCGUGAUUACCAGUUCCGUGGAAAUGUUAGGGGUGAUGAACACGAGGAAGAGGAGGAGUCUGAUGAUGUGCUUGAUGGUGCAAAGGCUGAACGCUACGCAAGGAUGCGCAAGACGAAGCGCCUGCUGUCUGUUCAUCCCUUUGACUUCGAAAUGGACUCUGAAUAUUCCGCUCAGUCGCGACGUCAGUCUGUGCAGCUCUCGCCAGGACCCUACAGUGAAGGCCUUCAGACCUUUGCAGAAUUUCCAGGGGAUGAAGAAGAUGCUUCCUGGAAGGAAUCAAUGGUAGCAGAAGCAGACGUGGCUGCCAUGUUCCACCGUAUCCUGGAGGAACAGGGAAGGCUCACGGCACCUCCCAAACACGAGUUCAGCACAGAGGUUCAACCUGCAGUGAACAUGCGUACUAGAAGCCUGGAAAGAACUCCAAAGCCUACUAGCCAAUGGAAUGAUCAGAACAGAUCUCAGUACUCAGCUGACAUGGACACUUCUGAUGAAGAUACGAAGGGAACCCCGAAAUUCUUACCCCAUCAACUGCAUCACACAAGACGCAGGAGUCGAGCUUCAUCCCAGGAGAACAUAAAUCCCUCUGGAAAUCAGAUUCUGGAACUCAGCAAACGUAUGUCAGCUAUCGAACGCAUGCUGAACCGCCUUGAGGGAAAGAUCAUGGUUCACCCAGAAGAGACUCCUGUUCCUGAAUCCAAAACUGAUCCCAGCAUAGAAGAGAAGGAACUGAAAAGGAAACUAGAAGAACUGGCAAGUAACAUCAGUGACAAAGGAGAUUCCUCUGAAGAAGAAGAGAGAAAGAAAAAGGAAGCACCCAAACCAGAAAUAAGUUCAUCCAGUGAUGACCUGCCGACUGGCGCAAAGAAGAUGUACGUAACUAGUGGAAAAGUCUGUGGAUCAGAGAAGAAACAUCCAGAGGACCAUGCGCGGCAAAGCACCACCACUGACUCUGAGCUGUCUGAGCUGGAAGACAGAGUGGCUUCUGCAUUGGCUGAAGUGCAGUACACAGAGAGUGAGGUUUCCGAUAUAGAAUCCCGAAUAGCAGCUUUGAGUGCAGCUGGACUGACUGUAAAACCGGUGGAAAAGUCCAAGAAGAAAUCAAGUACUCAGGUUUUUACUCUUCAGCUCUCCAGAGAUGCCCAGAACUCUCCGGAGGAUCAUAGUUCUGACUCUACACCAUCACCCGACAACUACAAAGUGAUGCUGCCUGUGCCGCAUGUUUUGAGGAGAAAAUUUGCCUCUUCCUCGAAAUUGCAACCAGCUGAGGAAGGCGGAGUUAGUCCUCCGGUAGCCAGACCAGGAGCCCGCUUCACCCCGGGCAGCAAGGGGCACCUGGCGGGCCUGUGCUGCAACUUCUUGGUGGUGGUCCCUGGUGCCAAGGACAUCUAG